AUGUCGUCUAAGUACUGUUUAUUACCGGGUUUCCCCCAGCCUGAUGUGUGGUGGACGGACUCCAUUGGAGGAGACAUCUCCAAUCCGAGCCACAGCUGUAUCAGCCUGGACAGCAGGGGGCGCUAUGAGGUCCACAGCUCCAUGGAGGUCAAGCCAAACAUGGUCAGCGGAUCAUGCCCAGUGGGGCGGGAGUUCAUUACUGCCUUUAUGCCUAACUAUUUGCUGAGCUACCAUGAUGAUCAGAGUCUUCAACUGGCCAUAACCACACAGGAUUAUCCAGCCGUUGUUCAAAUUCAGGUCAAUGCAAUCGGCUUCUCCACCUCAGUGAAAAUAGAGAAACAGAACACCAAAUGGAUUGCCAUACCUGGUAAUGCUGAAAUUGGGGGUCCAGGAGCUUCCACCAAAACAGUGCAGGUCACCUCCAACUCUGACAUCUCGGUGGUGGCCUUCAACUACAAGUUCUCGACCGGAGACAGCAGUGUGGUCUUUCCAACUGACCAGCUGGGUACUGACUAUGUGGUCUUCACCCCCGAUGAGGGUCCAAGCAACAUGCACAAGCUUAUGUCUAUUAUCAAUGGAAAAGAGCCCAACAAGAUCACGAUCAUCCCUGUCUCCAACAUAAAUCUCAGUGGCGUGGAUUCCUGGAAGCAAAGACAGGCGGUGAUUGUUACCAUGGACCCAUACCAGGUCUACCUCUACCAAAGCGACACCACUUUCACUGGGACCAGGGUCAAAGCCAAGCUCCCUGUGGCGGUCCUGGGGGGACACGAGUGCGUUGCAGAUGGAGGCCGCUGCAAUCACGUCUACGAACAACUGCUACCAGUACAGAGCCUCUCCACCAAUUACCUGGUUCCUUCCAUGCACAUGACCCAAUCAACAGACUUUGUCAACAUUGUGGCCUCAGAGGACAACACUCUAGUGAAGAUCUUUGAGGGAAAGGUAUCCACUGCUAAAGAGCUGAAUGCGGGGCAGGCAUAUGUGGUUUCUGUUCAACCCAAAUUUCCGCUGAUCAUCAGAAGUGAUAAGAAAGUCAUGGUGAUGUACUUCAGCAACAACAAGCCCUACGAUCCGUUCCUCACCAACAUCCUCCCAAUGUCUGAUCUGGCCAACGAGUGGUCGGUGGACACGCAGAGCAAAUUCGAGAGCACAUUGGUCAUUGUCUCCGAGGGGGAAGGGAUCAACACCGUUAAAGUCUGCACUGCCCCACCCACUCCACCAGUAGACCCCUGUGAGAAGGUCAAAUGCAGAGAAAAGGAAGAAUGUACAAAGGGGGUUUGUGUCCACAUCUCCAAAGCAACGUGCAGGGCUGUGGGUGACCCCCACUACCUCACCUUUGAUGGGGAGCGGUUUGACUUCCAGGGCACCUGCUCUUACGUCAUGGCCACGGUUGUUAAAUCUGAACCUGGCCUCAUCCCGUUCACUGUCCUGACCAAGAACAACCACAGAGGGAACAAUAGGGUGUCUUUCGUGAGGAAAGUCUCAGUCACGGUCUAUGGGCUGACUGUUGUGAUCAGCACGCAUAAAGGGAAGGUUGAGGUGAAUGGUGAGAAUGUCUACCUACCUGUGACCCUAGCCAGGGGAAACCUAACGGUGGUGUAUAGUGGCAGCUAUGCUGUUCUGAAGACAAACUUUGGCCUGAAGGUUAUGUACGACUGGAACAUGAAGUUCUACAUCACUGUCCCCAGCAGCUACUUCCGCACCCUGGGUGGGCUCUGUGGGAACUACAACGGGGAUCACAACGACGAGUUCACUAACCCCAAAGGUAACAAGGAACCCACAGUGGUGAAGUUUGCCCAGAGCUGGAGAACUGAAGAUGGCGACUUGUUCUGUCAUGAUGACUGCCAAGGGGAAUGUCCUAGCUGCACUCCGACUCUCCAACAGAAAUACAAGGGAGAGAAGUUAUGUGGUCUCUUGGCCAAAAAAGAUGGCCCAUUUGCAAGCUGCCACAAGGUCCUGGACCCAGGCGUGUUCAUGGACAACUGUGUGUAUGACGUCUGCAUCAAUAAAGGCAUCUACCAGUUCCUCUGUGAGAACAUCAAAAGCUACAAUGAUGCCUGCUUGGCUGAGGGGGUCAAAAUUAGCCCUGAGUGGAGGACAAUCACUGGAUGCCAUCUAGAUGCCGAAGCAAAGUGCAAGGAACCCUGUGUGGAGACCUGUCAAUGCAACAAGGGCUUUGUCCUCAGUGGAGACAAAUGCAUCUCCAAGGAGAGCUGUGGCUGCUCUUAUGAAGGACGAUACUACCCGUCAGGAAUGAAGUUCUGGGAAGAUGACAAAUGCACAAAGCAGUGUGAAUGCAAUCCAGGAACAGCCAAGGUUGAAUGCAAAGCAACAGCAUGCAAGAAAUCAGAGGUGUGUGGCCUGCAGAGUGGUAAGAGAGAUUGCUACCCAACAUCGUAUGCCACCUGCCAAGGUUCAGGCGACCCCCACUACCGCACGUUUGAUGGCAAGAGGUUUGACUUCCAGGGAACGUGUACUUACGUUCUCUCCAAAUUGGUCAGCAAAGACGACAGAUCUCUGACACAUUUUGAGGUGCUUGUAAAGAAUCAGAAUAGGGGGAGGAACACGGCAGUGUCUUACACAAAGACAGUCACCAUCACUGUCUUCAAAAACAUCAUCAUCAUGAGUAGGGACAACCCUGGCAAAGUAUUGGUCAACAACCAGUAUGUGAACUUGCCAUUUGAUGUAGAAGAUGGCCAACUGUCCAUCUUCCGCAGUGGGUAUUUCGGGGUGGUGAAGACCAAAUUUGGCCUGACACUGAAGUUCAACUGGAACAGCCACGUCUCCCUAACCCUCCCCAGCUCCUACUCAGACCUCAUCGGAGGGCUCUGCGGAAACUGGAAUGGCCAACGGAACGACAAUCUCCUCAAACCAGACAAGAGCCCUGCUAACACCCCGACAGUAUUCGGGGACAGCUGGAAAGUGGGGAACGACGCUGGCUGCUCCAGCGACUGCGACGGCAAGAAGUGCCCCACCUGUGACCACAGCCUGAUGCUUGAUUACCAAACAGGGAAAUAUUGCGGCAGGAUCACAGACAAAAACGGUCCGUUCAAGCACUGCCACGCCAAGGUGGACCCCAGAGAGUACUAUGAGGACUGUGUGUUUGAUAUGUGUCUGUACCGUGGCCAUGCCUCUGCCCUCUGUAACGCCCUCAGCACCUACACCACUGCCUGCCAGGAUGCCCCUGCCAAGGUGGAACAGUGGAGGUCGGACAGCUUCUGUCCAUCUUCCUGUAAGGCCAACAGCCACUAUGAGGUGUGUGCCUCAGGCUGCCCCCAGACCUGCAGUGGCCUCGAUGAGCCUGAGAGCUGUGAGAACUCCCUGUGCACUGAGGGAUGUGUCUGUGACGAAGGGUUCAUACUGAGCGACAGCGAGUGUGUGCUGCUGGCUGAAUGUGGCUGCGUUCACCAAGGCCAGUACUACCAGAUGGGCCAGGUGUUCUUCCCCAACGGCCAGUGCAAAGAGCGCUGUGUGUGUAACAAGAAUGGAGAUGUGGAGUGUAAUGUAAAAUUUGCCUGCGGUCCCAAUGAGAAGUGCCAGGUCCAAGACGGGGUGCAGGCCUGUGUACCCAUUAGCACGGGCACCUGCCAUGUGAGCGGGGCCAGGAGAUUCCACUCGUUCGAUGGCAGCUGCUUCAGCCUACACGGGGACUGUGUGUACAAAAUGUCGGAGGUUGUGGAGAAAGACGGAUCGAUGGCUCCAUUUGUUGUGUCAGUGCAGCAGUUGACCAAAAUGGAUGAUGCAAUGGUCACCAGGAGGGUGGAUGACGUUACAGCAAAUCUCCCACUGUCACUCGGAGAUGGAAAGGUCAGGGCCUACCAGAACGGCAUUAACAUUGUCGUGGUAACAGACUUUGGCUUGAUGGUGACCUACGACACAGUUGCUGGCGCCAUCAUACAUCUUCCAUCCACUUACAAAGGUGUUACCGGUGGUCUCUGUGGGAACUAUAAUGACAAGAAGGAGGAUGACUUCCUGCUGCCCAGUGGGCUGCAGGAGCCGUCUGUGGAGAAGUUUGCAGCAGGGUGGUUGGUGGUUCAGGAAGGGGUCAAAUGUCAGACAGGAUGUGACGGUGGCUUGAAGUGUCCUCCCACCAGUGGACCCCCACCGGCUUGUAGCAUCAUAAAGUCAACCAAGGGCCCAUUUGCCCAAUGCCAUGCUGUUGUGCCACCACAAGAGCACUUUGAGGAGUGCAUGAAGGAGGGAGAGGAUCUGACGUGUCCAUCUAACAGUCACUAUGAGUUGUGUGCCGACACCUGUUCUUCUACCUGUGACUCUCUCAGUGAGUCUCCAAAAUGCCCACUAUGCCAGGAGGGCUGCCAGUGUGACGAUGGAUUUGUGUUUGAUGGUGGCAAGUGUGUCCUACUGGAGAACUGUGGCUGUGUGGUUGAUGGACACUAUUACAAGUCUGGCCAGUCUGUGAUCCUGGGCAACUGUUCUGAGACCUGCAGCUGUGCCGCAGGAGUGUUCACCUGCAAGAACUCCCAGUGCAAAGAGGGCCAGAAAUGUGGGAUGAAGAAUGGAAUCAUGGACUGCUACAGCACAGACCCCUGUGAGGACACUGAGUGCCGUGAGAAAGAAAACUGUGUGGUGAUGAACAAUAAGGCAGUAUGUGUGGCCCAGUCCAAGGCCACCUGCAGGGCUGUGGGUGACCCCCACUACCUCACCUUUGAUGGGGAGCGGUUUGACUUCCAGGGCACCUGCUCUUAUGUCAUGGCCACGGUUGUUAAAUCUGAACCUGGUCUCACCCCGUUCACUGUCCUGACCAAGAACAACCACAGAGGGAACAAGAGGGUGUCUUUCGUGAGGAAAGUCUCAGUCACGGUCUAUGGGCUGACUGUUGUGAUCAGCACGCAUAAAGGGACGGUUGAGGUGAAUGGUGAGAAUGUCUACCUGCCUGUGACCCUAGCCAGGGGAAACCUAACGGUGGUGUAUAGUGGCAGCUAUGCUGUUCUGAAGACAAACUUUGGCUUGAAAGUUAUGUACGACUGGAACAUGAAGUUCUACAUCACUGUCCCCAGCAGCUACUUCGGCACCCUGGGUGGGCUCUGUGGGAACUACAACGGGGAUCACAACGACGAGUUCACUAACCCCAAAGGUAACAAGGAACCCACAGUGGUGAAGUUUGCCCAGAGCUGGAGAACUGAAGAUGGCGACUUGUUCUGUCAUGAUGACUGCCAAGGGGAAUGUCCUAGCUGCACUCCGACUCUCCAACAGAAAUACAAGGGAGAGAAGUUAUGUGGUCUCUUGGACAAAAAAGAUGGCCCAUUUGCAAGCUGCCACAAGGUCCUGGACCCAGGCGUGUUCAUGGACAACUGUGUGUAUGACGUCUGCAUCAAUAAAGGCAUCUACCAGUUCCUCUGUGAGAACAUCAAAAGCUACAAUGAUGCCUGCUUGGCUGAGGGGGUCAAAAUUAGCCCUGAGUGGAGGACAAUCACUGGAUGCCCACUGGAAUGUCCGUCAAACAGCUAUUACGAGGCGUGUGGCACAGCUUGCCCUGCCUCUUGUUCAGAUCUAGAUGCCGAAGCAAAGUGCAAGGAACCCUGUGUGGAGACCUGUCAAUGCAACAAGGGCUUUGUCCUCAGUGGAGACAAAUGCAUCUCCAAGGAGAGCUGUGGCUGCUCUUAUGAAGGACGAUACUACCCGUCUGGAAUGAAGUUCUGGGAAGAUGACAAAUGCACAAAGCAGUGUGAAUGCAAUCCAGGAACAGCCAAGGUUGAAUGCAAAGCAACAGCAUGCAAGAAAUCAGAGGUGUGUGGCCUGCAGAGUGGUAAGAGAGAUUGCUACCCAACAUCGUAUGCCACCUGCCAAGGUUCAGGCGACCCCCACUACCGCACGUUUGAUGGCAAGAGGUUUGACUUCCAGGGAACGUGUACUUACGUUCUCUCCAAAUUGGUCAGCAAAGACGACAGAUCUCUGACACAUUUUGAGGUGCUUGUAAAGAAUCAGAAUAGGGGGAGGAACACGGCAGUGUCUUACACAAAGACAGUCACCAUCACUGUCUUCAAAAACAUCAUCAUCAUGAGUAGGGACAACCCUGGCAAAGUAUUGGUCAACAACCAGUAUGUGAACUUGCCAUUUGAUGUAGAAGAUGGUCAACUGUCCAUCUUCCGCAGUGGGUAUUUCGGGGUGGUGAAGACCAAAUUUGGCCUGACACUGAAGUUCAACUGGAACAGCCACGUCUCCCUAACCCUCCCCAGCUCCUACUCAGACCUCAUAGGAGGGCUCUGCGGAAACUGGAAUGGCCAACGGAACGACAAUCUCCUCAAACCAGACAAGAGCCCUGCUAACACCCCGACAGUAUUCGGGGACAGCUGGAAAGUGGGGAACGACCCUGGCUGCUCCAGCGACUGCGACGGCAAGAAGUGCCCCACCUGUGACCACAGCCUGAUGCUUGAUUACCAAACAGGGAAAUAUUGCGGCAGGAUCACAGACAAAAACGGUCCGUUCAAGCACUGCCACGCCAAGGUGGACCCCAGAGAGUACUAUGAGGACUGUGUGUUUGAUAUGUGUCUGUACCGUGGCCAUGCCUCUGCCCUCUGUAACGCCCUCAGCACCUACACCACUGCCUGCCAGGAUGCCCCUGCCAAGGUGGAACAGUGGAGGUCGGACAGCUUCUGUCCAUCUUCCUGUAAGGCCAACAGCCACUAUGAGGUGUGUGCCUCAGGCUGCCCCCAGACCUGCAGUGGCCUCGAUGAGCCUGAGAGCUGUGAGAACUCCCUGUGCACUGAGGGAUGUGUCUGUGACGAAGGGUUCAUACUGAGCGACAGCGAGUGUGUGCUGCUGGCUGAAUGUGGCUGCGUUCACCAAGGCCAGUACUACCAGAUGGGCCAGGUGUUCUUCCCCAACGGCCAGUGCAAAGAGCGCUGUGUGUGUAACAAGAAUGGAGAUGUGGAGUGUAAUGUAAAAUUUGCCUGCGGUCCCAAUGAGAAGUGCCAGGUCCAAGAUGGGGUGCAGGCCUGUGUACCCAUUAGCACGGGCACCUGCCAUGUGAGCGGGGCCAGGAGAUUCCACUCGUUCGAUGGCAGCUGCUUCAGCCUACACGGGGACUGUGUGUACAAAAUGUCAGAGGUUGUGGAGAAAGACGGAUCGAUGGCUCCAUUUGUUGUGUCAGUGCAGCAGUUGACCAAAAUGGAUGAUGCAAUAGUCACCAGGAGGGUGGAUGACGUUACAGCAAAUCUCCCACUGUCACUCGGAGAUGGAAAGGUCAGGGCCUACCAGAACGGCAUUAACAUUGUCGUGGUAACAGACUUUGGCUUGAUGGUGACCUACGACACAGUUGCUGGCGCCAUCAUACAUCUUCCAUCCACUUACAAAGGUGUUACCGGUGGUCUCUGUGGGAACUAUAAUGACAAGAAGGAGGAUGACUUCCUGCUGCCCAGUGGGCUGCAGGAGCCGUCUGUGGAGAAGUUUGCAGCAGGGUGGUUGGUGGUUCAGGAAGGGGUCAAAUGUCAGACAGGAUGUGACGGUGGCUUGAAGUGUCCUCCCACCAGUGGACCCCCACCGGCUUGUAGCAUCAUAAAGUCAACCAAGGGUCCAUUUGCCCAAUGCCAUGCUGUUGUGCCACCACAAGAGCACUUUGAGGAGUGCAUGAAGGAGGGAGAGGCUCUGACGUGUCCAGCUAACAGUCACUAUGAGUUGUGUGCCGACACCUGUUCUUCUACCUGUGACUCUCUCAGUGAGUCUCCAAAAUGCCCACUAUGCCAGGAGGGCUGCCAGUGUGACGAUGGCUUUGUGUUUGAUGGUGGCAAGUGUGUCCUACUGGAGAACUGUGGCUGUGUGGUUGAUGGACACUAUUACAAGUCUGGCCAGUCUGUGGUCCUGGGCAACUGUUCUGAGACCUGCAGCUGUGCCGCAGGAGUGUUCACCUGCAAGAACUCCCAGUGCAAAGAGGGCCAGAAAUGUGGGAUGAAGAAUGGAGUCAUGGACUGCUACAGCACAGACCCCUGUGAGGACACUGAGUGCCGUGAGAAAGAAAACUGUGUGGUGAUGAACAAUAAGGCGGUAUGUGUGGCCCAGUCCAAGGCCACCUGCAGGGCUGUGGGUGACCCCCACUACCUCACCUUUGAUGGGGAGCGGUUUGACUUCCAGGGCACCUGCUCUUACGUCAUGGCCACGGUUGUUAAAUCUGAACCUGGUCUCACCCCGUUCACUGUCCUGACCAAGAACAACCACAGAGGGAACAAGAGGGUGUCUUUCGUGAGGAAAGUCUCAGUCACGGUCUAUGGGCUGACUGUUGUGAUCAGCACGCAUAAAGGGAAGGUUGAGGUGAAUGGUGAGAAUGUCUACCUGCCUGUGACCCUAGCCGGGGGAAACCUAACGGUGGUGUAUAGUGGCAGCUAUGCUGUUCUGAAGACAAACUUUGGCCUGAAGGUUAUGUACGACUGGAACAUGAAGUUCUACAUCACUGUCCCCAGCAGCUACUUCCGCACCCUGGGUGGGCUCUGUGGGAACUACAACGGGGAUCACAACGACGAGUUCACUAACCCCAAAGGUAACAAGGAACCCACAGUGGUGAAGUUUGCCCAGAGCUGGAGAACUGAAGAUGGCGACUUGUUCUGUCAUGAUGACUGCCAAGGGGAAUGUCCUAGCUGCACUCCGACUCUCCAACAGAAAUACAAGGGAGAGAAGUUAUGUGGUCUCUUGGCCAAAAAAGAUGGCCCAUUUGCAAGCUGCCACAAGGUCCUGGACCCAGGCGUGUUCAUGGACAACUGUGUGUAUGACGUCUGCAUCAAUAAAGGCAUCUACCAGUUCCUCUGUGAGAACAUCAAAAGCUACAAUGAUGCCUGCUUGGCUGAGGGGGUCAAAAUUAGCCCUGAGUGGAGGACAAUCACUGGAUGCCAUCUAGAUGCCGAAGCAAAGUGCAAGGAACCCUGUGUGGAGACCUGUCAAUGCAACAAGGGCUUUGUCCUCAGUGGAGACAAAUGCAUCUCCAAGGAGAGCUGUGGCUGCUCUUAUGAAGGACGAUACUACCCGUCAGGAAUGAAGUUCUGGGAAGAUGACAAAUGCACAAAGCAGUGUGAAUGCAAUCCAGGAACAGCCAAGGUUGAAUGCAAAGCAACAGCAUGCAAGAAAUCAGAGGUGUGUGGCCUGCAGAGUGGUAAGAGAGAUUGCUACCCAACAUCGUAUGCCACCUGCCAAGGUUCAGGCGACCCCCACUACCGCACGUUUGAUGGCAAGAGGUUUGACUUCCAGGGAACGUGUACUUACGUUCUCUCCAAAUUGGUCAGCAAAGACGACAGAUCUCUGACACAUUUUGAGGUGCUUGUAAAGAAUCAGAAUAGGGGGAGGAACACGGCAGUGUCUUACACAAAGACAGUCACCAUCACUGUCUUCAAAAACAUCAUCAUCAUGAGUAGGGACAACCCUGGCAAAGUAUUGGUCAACAACCAGUAUGUGAACUUGCCAUUUGAUGUAGAAGAUGGUCAACUGUCCAUCUUCCGCAGUGGGUAUUUCGGGGUGGUGAAGACCAAAUUUGGCCUGACACUGAAGUUCAACUGGAACAGCCACGUCUCCCUAACCCUCCCCAGCUCCUACUCAGACCUCAUCGGAGGGCUCUGCGGAAACUGGAAUGGCCAACGGAACGACAAUCUCCUCAAACCAGACAAGAGCCCUGCUAACACCCCGACAGUAUUCGGGGACAGCUGGAAAGUGGGGAACGACCCUGGCUGCUCCAGCGACUGCGACGGCAAGAAGUGCCCCACCUGUGACCACAGCCUGAUGCUUGAUUACCAAACAGGGAAAUAUUGCGGCAGGAUCACAGAAAAAAAAGGUCCGUUCAAGCACUGCCACGCCAAGGUGGACCCCAGAGAGUACUAUGAGGACUGUGUGUUUGAUAUGUGUCUGUAUCGUGGCCAUGCCUCUGCCCUCUGUAACGCCCUCAGCACCUACACCACUGCCUGCCAGGAUGCCCCUGCCAAGGUGGAACAGUGGAGGUCGGACAGCUUCUGUCCAUCUUCCUGUAAGGCCAACAGCCACUAUGAGGUGUGUGCCUCAGGCUGCCCCCAGACCUGCAGUGGCCUCGAUGAGCCUGAGAGCUGUGAGAACUCCCUGUGCACUGAGGGAUGUGUCUGUGACGAAGGGUUCAUACUGAGCGACAGCGAGUGUGUGCUGCUGGCUGAAUGUGGCUGCGUUCACCAAGGCCAGUACUACCAGAUGGGCCAGGUGUUCUUCCCCAACGGCCAGUGCAAAGAGCGCUGUGUGUGUAACAAGAAUGGAGAUGUGGAGUGUAAUGUAAAAUUUGCCUGCGGUCCCAAUGAGAAGUGCCAGGUCCAAGAUGGGGUGCAAGCCUGUGUACCCAUUAGCACGGGCACCUGCCAUGUGAGCGGGGCCAGGAGAUUCCACUCGUUCGAUGGCAGCUGCUUCAGCCUACACGGGGACUGUGUGUACAAAAUGUCAGAGGUUGUGGAGAAAGACGGAUCGAUGGCUCCAUUUGUUGUGUCAGUGCAGCAGUUGACCAAAAUGGAUGAUGCAAUGGUCACCAGGAGGGUGGAUGACGUAACAGCAAAUCUCCCACUGUCACUCGGAGAUGGAAAGGUCAGGGCCUUCCAGAACGGCAUUAACAUUGUCGUGGUAACAGACUUUGGCUUGAUGGUGACCUACGACACAGUUGCUGGCGCCAUCAUACAUCUUCCAUCCACUUACAAAGGUGUUACCGGUGGUCUCUGUGGGAACUAUAAUGACAAGAAGGAGGAUGACUUCCUGCUGCCCAGUGGGCUGCAGGAGCCGUCUGUGGAGAAGUUUGCAGCAGGGUGGUUGGUGGUUCAGGAAGGGGUCAAAUGUCAGACAGGAUGUGACGGUGGCUUGAAGUGUCCUCCCACCAGUGAAUCCCCACCGGCUUGUAGCAUCAUAAAGUCAACCAAGGGUCCAUUUGCCCAAUGCCAUGCUGUGGUGCCACCACAAGAGCACUUUGAGGAGUGCAUGAAGGAGGGAGAGGCUCUGACGUGUCCAGCUAACAGUCACUAUGAGUUGUGUGCCGACACCUGUUCUUCUACCUGUGACUCUCUCAGUGAGUCUCCAAAAUGCCCACUAUGCCAGGAGGGCUGCCAGUGUGACAACGGAUUUGUGUUUGAUGGUGGCAAGUGUGUCCUACUGGAGAACUGUGGCUGUGUGGUUGAUGGACACUAUUACAAGUCUGGCCAGUCUGUGAUGCUGGGCAACUGUUCUGAGACCUGCAGCUGUGCAGCAGGAGUGUUCACCUGCAAGAACUCCCAGUGCAAAGAGGGCCAGAAAUGUGGGAUGAAGAAUGGAGUCAUGGACUGCUACAGCACAGACCCCUGUGAGGACACUGAGUGCCGUGAGAAAGAGAACUGUGUGGUGAUGAACAAUAAGGCGAUAUGUGUGGCCCAGUCCAAGGCCUACUGCUGGUUGUUCGGUGACCCUCACUACAGCACGUUCGAUGGCCAGCCCUUCUCCUUCAUGGGUACCUGCUCCUACAUUCUGGUGAAUACGACGGGCAAAGAUCCCUCCCUGCCUCAGUUCAGCAUCCAGACUAAGAACGAGCUGCGAGUCAACUCCAAAGGCUCCUUCCUCAAAUCAGCCAACAUAGACCUGAGUGGUCACAGGAUCACCAUUCUCACUGGCCAAAGAGGGACAGUGGAGAUUGAUGGCAUUAGGUCUGACCUCCCUGUGAGUUUGGAGUCUGGCAACAUCCAAAUCACAGAGUCUGGUAUCCAAGGGACCAUCCAGACAGAUGUUGGCCUGAAGAUCACUUUUGACUGGACCGCCUUCUUCAUGGUGACCAUCAGCAGCAGUUACUACGACAACCUCGGUGGCAUUUGUGGCAACUACAAUGGUAACAAAACAGAUGACUUCACCACUCCCACAGGUGUGCUUUCGGCAAAUACCACGGCGUGGGUGGCAUCCUGGAGCAUUGCUGACGGUGAUCCAUUCUGCUGGCAUGUCUGUAACGGCAACUGCCCCACGUGCUCAGAUGCAGACCGGGCACUUUACACUGGACCACAGUACUGUGGUUUGAUGACAGAUGGAGGGGGCCCAUUUCACCAGUGUCAUAAGAAAGUGCAGGUGAAGAAGUUUGCCUCAGACUGCCUCUAUGAUGUGUGUCUGAAUGAGGGUCGUCAGGAGGUGUUGUGUGAGGCCUUGGCUAACUACGUGGCCGAAUGUCAGCAGGCUGGGGUUGUAGUCUCACCGCUGUGGAGAAAGGCCUCCAACUGCCCCCUGGCUUGCCCAUACCACAGCCACUAUGAGCAAUGUGGCACUGCCUGCCCUGCUACCUGUGCCAUUCCCAAUGUCCCCGAGAUCUGUUCCAAAGUCUGUGUGGAGGGCUGCCAGUGCGAUAAGGGUUACGUGCUCAGUGGUGAACACUGUGUCGUCAAGGAGUCAGGGUGUGGCUGUACAUACAAUGACCACUACUACCUGCCUGAAGAAACCUUCUGGGAGGGCAAUACAUGUCAGAGUAAGUGUUUGUGCUACGGAGCCACACAGCAGUUGGUGUGUAUGCCUAGGAAGUGCAAGGCUAGUGAGCACUGUGCAGUGGUCAACGGGGUUCAGGACUGCUACCCCCUCAGCUUCAAGACCUGCUCAGCACAGGGGGACCCCCACUUCCGCACCUUUGAUGGGAAGCGCUUCGACUUCCAGGGAAACUGUAUCUACAAGCUGGCGGGGGUCUGCUCCAAAGAUCCCGAUCUGGAGAGCUUUGAGGUGACUCUGGAGAACAACAACAGGGGCAGCACCAGAGUCUCUUACGCCAAGGUGGUGACUGUCAUUGUGUUGGGAAGUAGUUACACCAUCACAGGUGAUUAUCACGGCAAAGUUCUGGUGAACGAUGUCCUGACGUCUCUGCCAUACUACUCCAACAACACUGAGGUUCAGAUCUACAGAAACAGACGUUUUGCUGUGCUGGAGACUCAUUUCGGUCUCAAGGUCUCCUUCGACUGGUCCAGCGAGGUGAGGGUGAAGGUCCCGAGCACCUACCACAACGCCAUCUGUGGUCUCUGUGGCAACCUCAAUGACAACCCUGAUGACGACCUGCUUCUGCCCAAUGGGAAAAAGCCCAUGAGUCCCAAGGAGUUUGGAAACAGUUACUGGGUAGCUGAUGUACCGGGCUGCUCCCACGAGUGCAAAGAUUGUGCCGUUGUAGACAUCCCCCUUAUAAAGCCCAAAUAUGUCAGCGCCUGUGAUGUCAUUGUGGAUAAGGGUGGUCCCCUCAGAGACUGCAAUGGUAGAGUGGACUCUGAUGAGUACAAAGAAGACUGCAUCUAUGACAUGAUCCUCAACAACGGCCUACUGACGGCAGCCUGUGACAUCAUCACCAACUAUGUGGAAGAGUGUCAGGAGAAAGGAGGGAAAAUUGAGGCCUGGAGGAGUAAAGACUUCUGCCACCUCCCCUGUCCAGAGAACAGUGUCUACAGCCUCUCGGCCUCCGGGUGCCCGGCCACAUGCUACUCCAUGACCUCCGCCCCAGGAUGCACCACUCCUCCAGGGGAGGGCUGUCAAUGCAAACCUGGUUUCCUGAUGAGUGAUGACAAGUGUGUCCACGUGAAGAACUGUGGCUGUCACCACAAGGGUCGCUACUUUGUGAACGGCGAGGUCUUCUAUAAGGAGGAGAACUGCCACCACCGCUGCAGCUGUAACUCCGGCGAGAUGGCCUGUGAGGUGGCGCCCUGCGGUCCAAAGACCACUUGUGCGGUGGUGAAGGGGGUCACCCCGAGCCCCGAGGUAGUGAAAGGCAGUCGUCUGACUCUGACCUGCAACAAUAACGCCAACCCUGCAGCAGAGACCUACACCUGGUUUCAGAGGACAGGAACGCUAACUUCACUAAGAUUAGGGAUGGGGAAAGAACACACCUUCAAAGAAAUAGAUUCUGAUGACAGUGGACUGUACUUCUGUUUGGCCCAGAAUGCCCUUGGAUCACAGAACUUUACAGAACUGGAGUUGAAAGUUAAAGAAUCAGCCCAUUUAAUGGUGGUCCUGGCAGCAUUGGAGGCUCUCUUCCUUGUCACAGCAGGGAUUGUGGUGCUCUACAUUUACAUAAAAAGACGGAAUUGGAACAGGGCCGAGAUGAAGCUUCCGACCAAACCAGUCCCCAGGUAG